CUUUGCUGGAUCCAACAGAAUUCUUUCAGGCGAUAAGUACAUUGAAGAUAUUAGAGAUUCUUAUCAUGGACAACAUGCUACGGCCCUUAAUGCGGUCUCUUGUCACCAUGCUCAUCGGAGCCGAAUGUGGCCUUGCCUAUCUGACAGAGAUGGCAGAUACCAUGAUCGCAAAGGGCGUCAAACCGGACCUUGGAUAUCAAGAUGCAGUCCUCUAUCUUGGGUUUGAGAAAGCCUACGAGCUUUCUGGAGAUCAGAAAUAUCUUGAUUGGUACAUCGGCCAGAUCGAUGGCCCCGUUGUUCAAGAGGAUGGCUCUAUUAAAGGGCUCAACACAUCACGGUAUAUCCUUGAUGAGUACCGAAUGGGGCAUAACUAUCUAUACCUUUACAACCAGACUGGAGAGCCAAAAUAUGAGACGGCUGCCAAUACUGUUAGACGUAUGUUGGACUCGUAUCCUCGCACCCCAUCCGGGGGCUUUUGGCACCAGCAAUUCUUUCGCGAUCAGAUGUGGCUCGAUGGUAUCUACAUGGCAGACUCAUUCUACGCUAGAUGGACGCAUCUCUAUGACUCGGACAAUAACACAGCCUGGGACGACAUACUUCUGCAGUACGAGCUCAUACAUGAGAACACGAUCAACGAGACAACUGGCCUUCACGUGCACGGAUGGGUCGAAGGCGAAGCAUCAUGGGCUGAUCCAGAAACAGGCCGAGCGCCAAACGUAUGGGGACGUGCUCUUGGGUGGUACUUCAUGGCUCUCGUUGAGGUGUUGCAGUACUUCCCCACGUCACAUUCCGGCUACGACCAGUUACUUGGGUACCUUGAAUCCGUCGCAAAGGGUCUCAAGGCCUCCCGCGAUCCAGAUCUUGGCAGCUGGUGGCAAGUCAUGAACGAACCCUACCCCAAGCGCGAAGGGAACUUUAUCGAGAGUAGCGGCUCCUCCAUGUUUACGUGGGGCUUGUUGAAGGCUGUUGACUUGGGAUACCUUGUCUCUGAUGAGUAUCUCGAAAUUGCCAAAGAUGCUUUUACAAGCUUGAUUGACAACUUUGUCACUGAAGGCGAAGACGGUUCGUUGAUUCUGAACAGCACGGUUGCUGAAUGUGGUUUGACCAGUUCCAAUGUCACGUUUGAGUACUACAUUAGCAGACCAAAGCUGGAGAAUGGGCAAAAUGGCGUGGGGCCAUUUAUGCUUGCUUCUUAUGAAUGGGAGUCAUGGGCGAAGGACGCAUGA